AUGUCUGACUCGGAUGGCUUGAAGAAUCAUCGGCUCAACAAUAUGAAUGUCCCCUCCUGGUGCAUGCCCGCUGCCAUUUACCUAGGCUACCGAGGGCCAAUCCACAAACGAGGCGUUCCGACCAAGGUCCUCGUGCUAGACAAUCUUGGGGCCCUACAAUCAUACGGUCACUCGAGUUUUGAAGAGCGGGUGUUGGGAUGUUCACCUGGGUGCCGAAUCUCCUAUGCAUCAAUAGAACAUCCUUUGCUCGUGGCCGGGCUGGCGUAUACUACCACAAACAAGUUGAUUGCGAGACUAGCCGUGAAAGCACAGAAUCAAAUGCAAAACUCGAGCCAUUGGAAUUCACUCAUCCACUUUCAUAUGAAGCCUGCCGAAUGUGAUUUAUUCCCUAAUAUCGACAUCAAACUUUUGUCAUCUACCCAAAUCAAACCUUUCUCAUCUACCUCGAUCAGAAUACGACAUCAAAAAACACGAAUGGAUUACAUUCCAGGGAUGAAUUGCGAUGAACCUUCUUACGAUCAAUACACGUGGAGGAAACUGGUCAGGGACAAACAGGCUAUGAUACGGGCGAUAUCCGCAGCCAGCAAACGUUCUGGAAGGCAUGAAUAUCCUGCUGAAAGGGGCCCUAGAAACGGGCAAAAGACGGUUGCUCAUGCGAUCUGCAACAUGCUCAAGCGCCCGAUGCUUGACGUUCGGGUGAAUGACAUCCCAUACCUUGCCGAUCUCGUGAUUGAGGGGAAUGCGUUGGUGGUCGUAGACUACGCAGAUGUAGUAUUUCAUGAACUCCGAAUGCCCAGAGAGUCGAGAAUGCAUCCAUGUGAUGCUUUGAGAAUUCGAGUCGCCCGGAUGUAUCUGUCUGUGGCCCUUGGUGUCGACGACGAGCAGCAGGCACUGCUCAAACCGUUCUCUGCUGCCAUCGAAUUCCCCGACCUCGAUCUGGCAGCCCGUCGCCAACGAUGGCUACAACUCUUUGGUCGAGAUGAUCUAGUUUCAACUAUAUCUAGCAGCAAGCACGCACCCAUCCCUACCACGGGAACUGAGAACGAGCUGAACAAUGCAACAUGCAAUGUCAUCAAAUGA